AUGUCGUCUGUAGCUGCAUAUCGCAACCUGUUUAUCAUUACUGGUGCAUCCAAAGGGUUUGGAAAGAGUAUUGCUCUUGCAUUGGCAGAUUCUCCAUUACUGACUGCCCAGCCAACGGAUGUUUUACUUGUUGCUCGCAAUCUUGUCGAGUUGAAUGAUGUCAAGGCUGCUGUUGAACAAAUAUUUCAAGAAGCUCAUGUUGCACCAAGACACAGUCUAUCUGUCCAUGUUUGUACAGAGGACUUUUCCUCGAACGAUAUGGAUGUCGUUAGCCAACGUAUUAUUUCUCGUUCAGCAAUGCAGUCUCCAUUAGCAUAUACUACUGCAGUGCUGUUCAAUAAUGCUGGUACGCUAGGCACUCUGUCUCGUAUUCGUGAUCAGACUAUAUCGGAUAUGCGUAAAAGUAUUGAUGUGAAUCUAAUGGCUCCAUUGGUGCUGAGUGCUGCAUUUUUGAAGCAAUUUGCAGACUGCUCCAAACUGAUCCUGGUGAAUGUAUCAUCCCUUGCAGCAAUCCAACCAUUUGAUACCUGGGGAGUCUAUUCGAGCAUCAAGGCGGCCCGAGACAUGUUUCAUCAAGUGAUUGCAGUUGAAGAAGCCAAUAUUGAUGCAGAAGAAGCAUUGUCAAAACGCACUACCAGUCCAUGCUCAAAGGAUACUCAAGACACUCAAGCACCUCUCAAGUCUGCUAGAGUUCGUGUUCUAAACUAUGCACCUGGACCCAUGGAUACUGACAUGCAGACUCGCAUUCGAAAUGAGAUGCCAGAGAUAGAGUUGAAGCAAGCAUACGUCAAGAUGCAUGACCAAGGACAACUUGUGGAUCCCAACGACUCUGCUAGUGUACUAAUGUCACUGCUUGAGAGUGAUGACUACAUCAAUGGCUCACAUAUCGACUAUUAUGAUGUACAAAACACAGAACUCUCCAAAAAAUAAAAACCAAAUGACAAGAGGUUUGAUGAAUAAAAAUGCUUUAUUGAGUUUCUUCUU